AUGACAGUGGUCCAGCAAAUAUUUCGCCUAAGUUUGCGAAGAUUGACGGUAGAGAAUGGCUUAGGUAUACAACCCUUCGCCCGUCAUCGGCACGAUUGGAAUUCGCAGAAACACGAUACUUUAUCUGUCGUUGGACCAGUCCAGGGCAGCGGUUCGCCUCAUUAUUCAGAGGAGAACCUGGAGGGAUUCUACCAUGAUAUCUUGUCGCCUAUUUCGUCAAAGGAGAAACACUCAGCCUCGCCACCUUCGCUAUCCUAUAAGGAAUGGUUCGAAACUGUUCGAUAUCUAUCAUCGCGAGACAAAAAUGGAGUAUUCCGAUCCCUCGAAACGAUGUUGAAAUCAGGACUGAAUGUCCCUCCCGGCUUAGCAUCAUUCGUGAUGGAAGAUCUAGCUGAUUCAGGACGGGUUGCAGCCUUCGAGGCUAUACAGGGACUUUUUUGCGCGUUUGGAAAACCUAUUGAUUCAGCCGGUGUGCACUUGCAUGUGAAGGCUUACGUGCGGAACGGCCAGAUCGAAAGAGCCUGCGGAUUGAUACAUUCCUACGAGGAGCGUAACAUUAUGCCUCAACUGAAGACAUACUCAUUCAUCAUCAGAUCUCUUCUCACAUACGCACGCUCGGACUUUCGUGCACUGGCAUGGGACAUGUUUUCCCACAUGCGUUAUGUUGCGCACCCCGUGCCAGACGCCCAGUUAUACAGCGUAAUGCUCAAAGCCUGUGCGGAUGCACCAACACCCCAAGCUGAGCGUGCAUUGGACUUGUUUGCUGAAAUGAGCACCGAUCACCAAAUACGGCCUACCCGGGAAGCUUACAAUUCUACCAUCCUGGCUUGCGCUAAAUCCCGAAAUCAUUUACACGGUGCAUUCCAGCUCGCUCAAGAAAUGCUUGAAUUGUUUCGCUCGGGUGACAAGUCUUUGAAACCAGAUCAAACAACUUUUGUCGCGCUGCUUGAGUGUACAAAGCGCAAUGGCGACUUGAGACGGGCUAAGUGGAUCUUAUUUGAACUAACACGAGCACACCAAUCCGGGGAUGAUUCACUUACACUGGAUGAUCGUGUUCUCUCGAAUGUAUUCCUCACCUAUGCAUCAUAUCGACCACGGCCUAUGCAUUCACUACGGCACGUGGGUGACCGACGCCCAUAUGCAGGUACGCGCCCGGAACCACCACUUCAACCCCCUUCCCCUCCCCUUCGGUACAACUCGAGGCAGCCUCUAUCCUCCGUGGCUCUGCCUGCAACCCGUGAAGAGGUCCUGCUCGAAGCUUCGUCUCUGUUCUCACAAUUUCUCGACUCCCGCGAUGCUUCAAACGAGGAAUCGAGGUCACUAUACUGGAAUGUGCCCCACUCAACACAUUUACUGAAUGCUUACCUCUGUGUCGUUCUCGCACAUUCCUCCCUAUCGAAAGCGAAAUCCAUAUUUGACCAAAUUUUCCAAGAGAGCGGGGUAACCAGGUCGGAUAGGUCAUAUCAACUAAUAUUGGAACGAUGUGCCCACCCCCGGACCUCCGCGGAAAAAAGAGAAGUUUUACCCGUGGCACAGUCUAUUUGGCGUGAAUGGACUGACGAGGGUGGAACGGGGUCUUGGAAUGUGCCACUGGCUCGUACUGUCACCAAGAUGUGGGCGGCAAUGAUUCGGGUCUGCGCGCUGGCGAUGCCACUAAUGCGGAAUCCUCUCAGUGCUGAAGACUAUGACGGCGCGAUGCAAUUACUUCGGGAAUUCGCCAUGCGAUAUCCUCCAUCCAGUGUUCUACAUAGGCCUGACCUUAGACCGUCUUCUGAAGCGGCCCGCACCUGCCUAGCCGGACCCCGACGGUUAGUUCGUCUGACAUCUGACAACUGGAUCCCCGAUGAUACAGUUCCCCCAUACCUGCUCUUCGAUGACUUGGAGACACUUCACCAUCGACUUCUAGUAGCUAACCGGCUUCAAGACAUCGGAUACAUCAAGUGGUUGACAACAUCAUAUCAGUAUGCCCUCAAGUCGAGAAGGGAGCAAUGUCUUACAGUAAAGGAGCGUUCGUGACCCGUGUUAACG